AUGCCGUCUCAACUAUGGUAUUUGGUUCUACUUCUAUUCGCUAUUCAAGAGGUCCGAUCUCAAAGAAAAUUAGUGUUUGUACAAGCUUUAUGGCGACAUGGAGACCGCGCUCCACUGCAAUUCCCAUAUCCCAAUGAUAAGUAUACGGAAGAAUAUUGGGAUAGAGGAUGGUCCCAAUUAACCUCGCUAGGGAUGACUCAACUUCGAGAACUUGGCACAUUCUUCCGCCAAAGUUACAUUGACACUGGAUUUGUCUCAUCCAAUUUUUCAACAAAAGAGAUUUAUCUGAGAUCGUCCGACUCUGAUAGAGCUUUAGUGUCCGCCCAAUCAUUUUUAUACGGGAUGUACCCUGCUACGGGCAACUUUCGCUUCGAUAAUAAUAUUGAUUGGCAACCGAUUCCAGUGCAUGCAAACUCUCCAGGAGAACCCGAUUUGGUAUGUAAAACGACGGCUAUAAAGUGCGCGAGACGCGAUGAAUUAGUUGACAACGAUGAUGCACAAGACGCCGAAUUUUAUCAAAAAAAGUAUUCCGACCUUUUUGCGACUCUCGCAGAGUCGACAGGUCUACCUAAUCUAAACUACACCGAUGUCAAUGGGUUAUACGAUAUUACUAGAGAGUUGAUUCACAAUAUGACUGAUCUCCAACCAUCAUGGGUAUUUCGUACCUGGCCUCAAUAUGACAAUAGAACUUCAUUGGAUAUAAUCACAGAGAUGAGAGCUCAAAGGAUGGUCAAUCUGUAUAACACUGAAGAGAAGUCAAAGCUUGCUGGUGGCACCGUUAUAAAUGCAUGGAUCUCUAAUGUCAAUCAAUUUAUUAAUCAAACCGACACUUUGAAGAUGCAUUUGUAUUCAUCACACGACGGUGUGGUUAUGGCUUUGAUGAAUGCCCUAGGAAUAGCUGAUGGCAAAAUGAUUCCAUAUGCAUCGGUAAUCAUAAUGAAUAUUUUUGAAGAAAAUAAUAAAUAUUUCGUUGAGAUGUUAUAUCGUAAUAAUACCGCGGUACCACCUUAUGCGAUGAGCCUCCCACGAUGCCCGCAACCUUGUGAAUUUUCAACAUUUUCGCAAAACUAUCAGAAUAUGUCCGUAAGCAGUUAUGCGGAAUUAAUGGAGCUUUGUGGAACUCCAUUAAGAGACUGCAAUGAUGCCGCGUCUCUACGAUUAAGUGUUUUAUUUUUCAGUAUAACUGUUUUAAUGUUCAGAUUUCUAUUCUAA